UACUUCGGGCUCUGUCAGCGAGGAAUCAAGGAUGCAGAAGAGGAAGACGGAUCAAGUGACUGUUUCUGAACUACCAUUCAUGGAUCUUGUGAUCAGCACGAAAGCUACAGGUAAUGGCGGUUCCUUUGAAAUGAAGGAUGGUCAAGUUCACCAGGAGGAAGCCAGCAAGGUCCAGGGCAUCGUCUCGCCGAUAGGGUCGCCGAUCAGGGUGCAAAGGAAAAAGCUCCUGAUUCUGGAUCUCAACGGUCUGCUUGCUGAUAUUAACCAGGACUACCGCAACUCGCAUCUGUCGCACGGGAAGGUCCGAGGCAAACUAGUCUUCAAAAGGCCCUACUGUGACGAUUUCCUGAGGUUUUGCAUCCGCAACUUUGAGCUGGGGAUAUGGUCCUCAAGAUUGAAAGCAAAUACGGAAGCAGUUGUUGAUAUCCUGAUGAAAGAUCUGAAACAGCAGCUCUUGUUCUGUUGGGACUCAUCUCAAUGCACUGCGACUGGACAUUGCACUGUUGAAAACAAGGACAAACCGUUAGUGUUGAAGGAACUGAGGAAGCUGUGGAACAAAGAGGAACCUGGCCUUCCUUGGAACAAGGGGGACUUCUCACCCACAAAUACUCUGCUUGUGGAUGAUUCCCCUUACAAAGCUCUGCGCAACCCACCACACACUGCCAUCUUUCCUUACUCCUACAGCUAUAAGAAUGACAAGGAUGAUUCAUUGGGACCUGGCGGAGAUCUUCGCUUGUACCUGGAGAACCUUGCUACCGCAGACGACGUCCAGCGUUACGUCGAGGAACACCCUUUUGGCCAACUUGGAAUCACAGAGAGGAGCCCAAAUUGGAAGUUGUAUGCGAAGAUCCUUGAUGGAAGGGUUCCAUAGCUUGAUGGUGCUAUCCACAGUUGCUAAAGGUUUCUGAGAGGUUUUUUCACUGUUGAGUUUUGCUCACUUCGUGGGAGAACUUGUGUUGGCUGGUUUACAACGCAGUUUGCGAUGCUGCCGUCCCUGCUUUUCCUCGAGUACCAGUAAACUUCUAGUAGUUCUAGUUUUCCCUUAAAUUAGAGAAAAUUUGAUGAAUUAUGUUGGCAGUAUGCUGUGAUCAUCACAAAGUGCUGUAAUCUUUUCAAGUUCAAUGAGCGCUGUUGAAGAUCCAUUUGUC